AUUUUUUCUCUAGGUAAUUGCCGCAAUUUAAAGUUCACCAACUUCCGGUUGGAGAAUCACACGGUUCGAACCAUUGACGUCGUCAACGAGGAUCUCUGCAUGUUUCAAUGCUACCUGGAACCCAACUGCGUCAGUUAUAACUUCUGUGAGAUAAAACAGUCUUCUGGAAAACAUGAGUGUGACCUAAAUAACGCGACUAUUGAACACGAUGAAGACCUGGUGAAAAACAAAAUUUGUAUUUACCGCGGAGCAGAGGUGAGGAUAAACUCUAUGGGCCAAAAGUAAUAUUCAUUGUCCGAGAAAGCUUUACUACCGGACCAAGGGAUACCUAGCCUCUCUAACCCGUUAAUUUUACCCGCUUGCAAGGGGAAUAAAUGAAUACAUGCGAGGAACCUAUCAUGCGUGCAAAAAUAUCAUUUUAAGUUUAUCCCUUCCUUCCCAAGAAUGCUUGUAAGCAAAAUCCUUGCAAGAAUAACGCAACAUGCCAAGCUGGGUUUACAGACAAAGACUAUAAGUGUUUGUGUGUUGAUGGAUCUGGAUUUAAAGGCCACGAUUGUGAUGAGGGUAAGGAGUCUUAUAUUUUUCAUUAAGGCAGAAACAAGAUGUAUAAGUGAUAAGCUCCGCAAGUGAUUAGUGAUAGUCACAGAACAUCGCAGGUGAAAGCCUAGAAUGGCACAAGUUAUUCAAAAUACAAAAGGGACUUACAUGUGAACAACUAUGUUGCGUCUCAUGGUUCAUCUUGGAACGGGAUUUUUCACUCAUUUUUGUUUUUUACCUCAUUCAGUCUCAAUUUUCUUCAACGCGGUUUCUUACCCACCAUCUACACGAACAAACUGUAAUUUCUCAGUUUCCUUUAUUACGAAGCGAAUGUCAACAGAACUAAGCACAAAGUUUACGCAAAGAUCAGACGUGAUCCCAUAUCUACAUAAAAACAUAAAACAAUGAAAAUCUUUCAGGAAACAAACUUAGAUGAAGAUAACGGUCUUCUCUUUCCUCUUAUAGACUUAGACGAGUGCUUGUCUGGUAAACAUAGCUGUGAGGGUAAUACCACAUGCAAUAACAACAUUGGAUCGUACUCCUGCAGGUGCAAGAAAGGAUAUCAGGCAAUAAGACAAACUGUACAGGUAAGUAUUCUUAUCUGACAACAGGAGACUCUCGCGUUAAUACGAAAAUUCGUGCAGCCAGAGCUAGUCAAAAUAACCUUCACAUUCUAAUGAUAUUCAUUUUGUUGUCUUAGACAUAGAUGAAUGUUUGAACGCAACACACGGUUGUGAUGUGAAUGCUGAGUGUAACAAUACCCUGGGAUCUUACAAGUGUACGUGUAAAGAUGGAUUUCAUUUCAUAAAGAUGGACAUAUUCAUACUCCGUCCGUUAUCUUCAGUUUUUCAGAUUAGUUAGAGAAAUGGUCUCAUUUACAUUUAUUUUCCUUUUCGUGUUCUAGAUCUAGAUGAGUGUAUGAACGGAACACAUAACUGUGAUGUAAAUACUAGGUGUAACAAUACUCUAAGAUCUUAAAACUGCACGUUUAAAGAUGGAAUUCAAGGAAAUUGAACCAACUGCACACGUAAUCAGCUGCAACAUAUCAUACUCUCUAUUUUUUCGAUGAUACUUGUCAUGUGACAAAAAGGAAUGACCAGAGAACAGAACUGUUUUUUGUUGAUUUAGAUACCAACGAAUGCACUGAAGGAAAACACGUCUGUGAUGUAAAUGCUGAGUGUAACAAUACCUUGGGAUCUUACAAAUGCACUUGUAAAGAUGGAUAUGAGGGAAAUGGAACCAACUGCAUAGGUCAGUCAGAAGCUAAGGUACCAAUCAAUGUUUUCAAAAUAAAAAAAAUUUAACUGUCAAACCAAUUGAUGUAAACUUGGCUGCAUCAGGCCAGAAGUGCAGUAUUGGCAGCGUGUAAGUCAAUGAUUGAACAGACGCCGGCACGAGACUAGCAAAAUUGGAGGAUGCUCUGCAAGUGAGCAUAAUUCUAAAACUUUUGGCGUAUUGAUAGUGCUGUUUGUUUUUUGUUCUCCUCCUUUAUUCAGAGAAAAUAUGGUCUGUUGUAAUUUGCGAGGGGAAAAAAAGGACCAUAAGUUGUGAAAAUGACCAAAGAACUAUCGACGUUGUGGAUGCAACUUAUGGCAGACUGAAUUCAAACACUUGCGGCCAUACCAAAAUUAGCGAUACAAACUGCAAAGCUGAGAACUCUCUGGUCAUUGUGCGGAUGAAGUGCAACGAAGAAGCUAGUUGCGAGUUGCAUCCAGUUAAUUCAGUUAUUCAGUUAUAGCUAUUUUUAUAUGCAUUUGUUUUAGAAUAGCAUGAGGCGCUAGAUCACGCGUCCAUUUAAUUUUCAAUAAAGUGGUGAGUUUCUAAAGAAACUGUGGUGCUGCGUCGGUGGGAGAGUAUAGCAGGUAAUUUAGUGUUAAGAACUGGGUUGAAAACGUAAAUUAGCCACCGUAAAGGGUAAAAAAGCUGACGUUUCGAGCGUUAGCCCUUCGUCAGAGCGAUUAGCGUCAGCUUUUUUACCCUUUACGGUCCCUUUUGGGUUCAUAUCAACUCAAUUCAAGGAUGAAUUUCAUCACUUAAUCCAAUAACUGGUUGAAAAAAUGAUUAAAACGAGGUUUCUGUAUAUUGCGGGCUUUCAAGUUUUAUGUGAGAAAAUGCUUGACAACAUCAAUGAAGAGAUCUGAUGUUCUUAAUCUGUUAAAAUGGAAGAUUAUACACCAAGCUCCUCGCAACAACGUUCACUCACAAACAUGUAAACAGCAUUAAGGAGAUAUUUUCUCAUUAAAAAAAUACACCUGAUGUGGGCAGAAGCCAAAAUGUACUCAGAUUAUGUAAAAUGAAAAAUAUCUACCGAUGGCGUGUGAGCAAUUUCAGGUAUAUUAAGGUGUUGCGACACUCUUUUUAUUUGGUAAUUUUAGAUUUCCUUUUGCUUUAAAAUAGAUUUACGUUGUCAAGGAACGCUUGGUAUGGAAAGUGGUGCAAUCACCGAUGAGCAGAUAACUUUCUCGUCCCAAAAACACAAGGAUAACGCGAAAAUUGUAAGAUUGCAUCACACAAGGAAGACUUGGAUACCAGAUAAUAAGGAUUCUAAUCCGUGGCUUCAGCUCGAUCUCAGAGCUCAAAACACUGAUGUAACACGAGUAGCAACACAGGGAUCCCGUCAACAUAACAAAUGGGUGACGAGGUACAAGCUACAAUACAGCAACUAUGGAGUGAGAUUUCAAAACUACAAGGAACAAGGAAAAACCAUAUCAAAGGUAAAACUGAUCAGAGGCCUGGAAGGGUUCUAAAACAUGAGCUGCUCAUUGUACACAAAGCCAAGUUCAUUCCUUUACUCAAACUUCCCCGAAGUGUUCUUUGAGUAGUUUGUUAGGACAAACAGUCUUCUUUGCAAUCAGGGAUUCGUUUCUCGAUUUGUUACGAUGCACGAGUCGACAGUUGUUAAAGAAGAUUGUUACGAUGUAUGAAAUUUCUUACAUUUACCAUUUUCUUUGCACGGGUACAAAUUUCAUCCUGAUCCAGUUUUUGAUCAACCUCAGAUAGAUAUUUGUAGAUAAAGUUCGUCUUAAUUUUACCGUAAGGUGGAACGGGAUGAAUUUAAUGAAUGAAAUCGCUCGUGAGAUAUUUCACGGUUUACCUAACGCAAAACAUUGCAUAAUAUAAUGAUAUAGAUUUUAUUUUAAAAAAUUCUUAUGUUCUUAUGCGGGCACGUACCAAGCAAUUUAUAUGAAAACACGUAACAUUUAUUUCACAUCUUUUAUAAUGCAGGAAUUUGACGGAAACACAGACGAGAACAGUGUUGUUUAUCAUGACCUGAAUGCACCAAUCACAGCAAGGUACAUACGAUUUCUACUAGUGGAGUGGGAAGGUGAGAUAUCAAUGAGAGUGGAACUGUAUGGAUGCGUGAAAGGUAAGAAAAUAACUUUUAGCUGAUAAUUAUUGUUUGCAUCACAGUUGAUCUAAUUAUAGGAGCUCUUUAAGGUUCUUCAUUUCGUUGGAAGUUUCUGUGAUUAUGUUAACGACAUUUUUUUUAGUUCAGUGUAAAAUUCCCUUGAUUAAUUGCUUCGUGAUCUUAUAGCUACUUUUAUUUCGCUGCCAUAGAUAAGUUAUAUUUGUAAAACGCCCUCUAACCUUUCGUAAACAGAAUGUGGAAGAUUUCUCGGCAUGCAAAGCGGUGAAAUCUCUGAUGGACAGUUAAGCGCAUCUUCAGAGAGAGAUUCUAAACACUCCGUCACUCAGAGCAGACUUCAUUUUGUAAAUCCUGACGGAGCGGGAUCUUGGGCGGCUGAAAGUAAUGGUACGGAUCAAUGGCUCCAAGUUGAUCUGGUUAUUCUGAACACUCGAGUGACACGUAUGGCAACACAAGGAAGUAAUAGACACCAGGGAGAGUGGGUUACAAAGUACAAUCUGCAGUACGGCAACGAUACUGAAAGGUUUUACAAUUAUACAGCCCCAGGACAAAACACAACGAAGGUAAAAUUGAUUUCUUGUGUAUUGAUUCUCGUUUGAACAAGAAAAGAAGUAUUUUUGGAUCAUCAUUUGCAGGGAUUUUGCAAACGCACCGCUAGUAAUAAUUGCAUGAUAUUGAGCCCCCCGAGAGGCACGAUUAUAGGAAUGGUGUAUGAAUGAGUUGUGGGACUGUUUUCACAUCGUAAUAAGUGAUAUUCAUAAAAUUAAUUCUUAUCAAAAAAUUAAUGGAAAACCUCUUAUGUUGUUAAUUCAAAGGUUUUUUCUGGAAACACUGAUCAGAAUACCGUGGUUUAUCACGACCUUAACCCACCAAUCACAGCGCGUUACAUUCGUUUUAAACCAGUAGAGUGGCAGGACCAGAUAUCGAUGAGGGUAGAACUGUAUGGCUGUGUACAAGGUAAGGCCUGAAUGACAAUAACGAUUGAGAGGUACUUCUUGUAACUAGUAAUUUACGCCAGAUAAUGCUUCAUUUCCUUUUCAAAAGCGAGCGCUUGGAUAUUGUUUACUAUGUGUCAUCUCAAUCACAAUCGAGCUGCUACAAGUUGACGCGAGUUUUCUGGACCAAUAACAGGGCGAAGAGAGGCAAAAAACCAAUAAAAUCCUGGACAACUUGUUGUAAUCAUUUGAAAAUUGCUCUGCAUAGUAUUAUUCAAUUGACUCAUCAGCUUUGGUGACAUGGAGUUCCUUACUUCUUUGCUCUCCUCUUUUCACUGUCACGUGUGAUCGCCGAACCACAAACUGGAAUAAUUUGACGAGAAAAGCUACUCUAAUUGUGGGAAUGGGAAGGAAACCUUGUCUUCUCUUGAGAUUUUUAGAUUCCCCAACAACAAAACCUCGUGAUGGCUCAACCGCACAGUUUAUAAAAGUAAGUCACGUCGCUAUUCAAAAACACCAUUUUGAUUCAGGUCGGCAAUCAAUAUGUUACUGUCGAAUGUAAUCUUUCGAUGUAAUGAAGUCAAUGCCCGACUAUCGAGGAUUUCUAUUUUCUAAAAAUACAAACGUGAGGCGUCGGAAAAUGCAUAGCACGACUUGAUCGAACGCUCCAAGUGACUGACGUUUCAAUUCCAUUUUUUCGGUGAUUUAAUAAUUUACGUAAAUGUAAGAACAUUUCCUUAGAGAUGGCAAAGAAACUUUUGACAAUUUCUUACCAAAAACAUUACUUUUAUUCUAUGGUUUUACGCAGGAUUCACAGCUGUGUUUACAAAUCUUGGUAAGAUUGGACCAAAGGGUCCAGACGCGAUUGGUAGUCAUUACAAAGAUCAAGAUCAUGACGGACAAGUAAAGUUGCUCAGCGGUAUUCAACUGUGGACUGUGCCACGCACAGAAUAGAAGCAAUAGGAGCCUCACGGGGGUACAGUGAGGACAGUUUUAUAAAAACCGGAGGAAGAGGGGCAAGAAUGAUUGGAAACUUUAAUUUGACCAAAGAUGAGAUCAUUCAUGUACUUGUCGGUCAAAAAGGGGAAAAGGAGAGUUUUAACUCAAAAACAGCCGGAGGUGGAGGAGGUACAUUUGUAGUGAAAGGAAACAACAAGUCUUUGAUUAUAGCUGGAGGUGGAGGAGGAAUUAAAAAUGUAUUGGAACAACAUCCUGGAUGUGAUGCGUCCAUAAACACAACAGGGAAUGGAGGGUAUAACUUGCCAUUGGGUUCAGGAGGCAGCAACGGAAAUGGAGGAAAGGCCAGUACAAAAUAUUCAGGUACGCGGAGAAAGAAGAAAAAAACAAAACAAUCAGUAGGUUCAAUCCAUCAGGACAAGAGGACGACAGUAAGAUUUGUCAGAACUUAAUUGUUGAAAUUACUAAUUCUAACUUUGAAGUUUUUCUUUUCUCGGAGGCACCUCUUAGAAUAUCAGUUUUUUAAAAAAUCCUACGUAUCACCUCAUGUACAUUUAUUUUGUCCUGAUAAACUGUUCUAUUUCUAGCAAUUGACUACCCAAUAAUAUUUUUGAAUAAAUUUCUAAAAAUUGAGAAGUGCACUAAGUUGAUAAUAUUGUGAAUCGCCGUUUAAACGCUCUUAAGUAAGUAAUCAAAUAGAAGCCAUUUAUUAGACAACUGCUUCUCAGUUUUCGUUUAUUGUAGGUAGUGGCGGCGGCGGUUUCUACAGUAAUGGACAAAGUGCUUCGAGCGGUUCUGGUCGAGAAGGUAAAGGAUAUCUUCAAGGAGGAGAGGGUGGAGAUGGUAAGGGUGGGUUUGGAGGUGGCGGUAGUUUACGUUGGAACCGUGGAGCUGGAGGAGGUGGAGGUUACUCCGGAGGAGACGGUGGAGCUAAUGAAGAGUUUUACUGUGGGGGGGGGGGGGGGAGGGGGGGGGAGGAUCUCUUAACAAUGGGACAAAUCAGCAAAAUGAAUGUUGUUUUAAUAGGUAUGGACAUGGUAGAGUGAUCAUCACCUUUCUUCAGUGACAUGUCCUUGGCAGCACUUUCUCUAACGUGUGAGGCUAAUUCUGUUUUGAAGGCUGAUUGUCUUUCUCCGGAAUUGAAUAAUAUUUUGUUUAAUAUUCAAGGUCAGUCACGAUGUGGCCACUCUAUGUGAUGGGUUUUUAGAUGUUGAUUAAUUAAGAGGGGACAAACAAAUUCUAAAAUGAGAUUCAGUCAUUUAAGUUCUGUUUCCCUCUUCAGAAAGUAGGGCAUAAAAGCGGUUAAAUAUGCCAAGGUGAUGACACGUUCAAGUUUCCGCAAAACUUUAUUUACUUGUUACAUUGAUAAGUUUUUGUCAACAUUUAGAAUAACAUUUUAGGAGACUCUUGAGCUCUUAUGUAUAAAAAGGAAGAGAAACGUGAAAUUGUAAUAACAAUUAUUAUUUCCGAGUCUUCAGUCAGUAGUGUCAAUUUAUAUUACAUUAUUUUAAAAAUCAAUAAAUUGAUUCCUAAAUGUCAGUAAUGGAUCUUUACUUAGCUGCACUUAAGUUAUAACUAAUUAACACUGAUUGUGAACAAAGUUAUUAGGGGAAAGAACGUGGAAAUAUGUUUCACCGAGAAAACGAGAAACCUCAAGUUCACCAUAUCAAUUUCCCGAUCUUCGUUUUUGGUUUUUGGUUUUUAUGCUUCCUUAUCCUUUCAGUCUCUUCUCCUGCCUUACUUUCUACACCUUCUCAACUUUGCCUCCUUGGUUAGAGACGGAAGAUUCACCUACGAUUCACAUCUUGACCCUUUUUCCAUAAAAUUAUACCAAAGCCCUUUCAGAUCCCUAAAAAAAGUGUAAUACGGGGCUUUAGUUCUUUCGAGCCGAAGUCAAAAUUAUAAAAACUUGUCAUGCGGAUGGGGCUAAUUAUUCGCUUGCACAAUUUGAACACAACCGAAACGAGUCGGUUCCUAUGGCGACAAUCUCCUGCAGAAAGGAAGUGAUAAAUGUUUCGCGAUAAAAAAUCCAACUUUGCUCAAAAGGUCUUUCAAAAGACGGGAAGUGAAGCAUGGACGGGUUUUUUCAUCACCUUGGCCCUUGUCCGUCAACCUUCUCUGUACAGCAGACUGAUACGGUUUGAAUUAAAGGCGGCGGGGGAACAAAUCUGGCCUCACGAAAUAAUUUAAAUCCAUCUUUAACGUUCCAAAAAUUUCGGGUCAGUAAUAAAACGGUCGUCUUUACUAUUCCAUCAAAUGUGGGCGGACGAGGAGAGCGUAUAAACAUUUGAUAAACAGUCUUCAUGUAGCUUUCUGUCAUAUGUUACACUUGUUCAGACAUAAUGGAAAAAAUCUUAAAUAACAAAUUCCUUUGUGCAACUGAUUAAAGGUCAUUAAUAUGAAUUAUGUAUAAUUGACUUUCACCAACCAACUACAUUCCAAAGAAAAUAAUUAAGUUUUGGCAACCAAAAACUCACUGUAGCUGUUUGCUAAAAUUAUAACGGGCUUUGUUUUUCUAAGAACAAACUCUGUAUUCUAUUGCUUCGUUCUCACUGUUUUGGCUUCACUAAUUCCAGGAAGACAAGGUAAGAUUUUCCUAUAGUCAUUUCUUAUCAAUAGUCUGAGUAAUAUUUUGAAGUUUACUAAGAGUUUCUUAUUACUUUUUUGUUAUCUUUAUUAACCUAACAAGGCCUUGAAAUAUUCGUACAAGACUCUUCUCCUAGUAUUGGUAUAAUGAAUUAUUUCGUCUAAAUACUCGCAAUAAUACUGGAUGACAAAUACAUUUAAGAGGAGGUUCGUGAAUAUUUUGUCAUUUUGCUACCCAAGUUUUUGAAGUAAGAUUAAAACAAACGGAUGAAGUUUUAGGGAAAAAGUUUUAGGAGAAACCUACAGCGAAAGUUUGCUUUAGAGUAAUUACUCGCGUCUCUGUAAUCUGCUCAUGAACGUUUUUGACUUUUCAGUCCCACAAGAUGGAUAACAUGACCUUUGUAUUUUAAAAAGAAGUUGAGAGGCUUAUUAAAACUUGACUGAAAUAGCUCCGCUGGAUCGAAACAAAACUUGACACAGCUUUCUACAGUUUCGACAAAAAAAAUUAAUUCCUAUGGCCACAUGAAGAUUAAAAAAAAAAAAAAAAAAAAAAAAAAACAGCAGUUAUCUAAACUUUUCGCCGAAACAUGUUACAUAUAAUAAAACGUGACUCUUUGCCACAAAUUGGCUCUAAAGUUGAUCUUAAGCUUUUCUCAAAUUUCACAAAAAUGUAAAUCAGAAGAUUCUUGUAUUUCCGGUUUAAAUCACUUAAACGUAUCCACAAUAGUCCGUAUGCUUUUCAAUUGAUGCACCCUAAACGGCAUGAAUCUUAGAAACUUUUUAUAAGCUGAUUCUUCCUACGAGUGUUGGAUAUCGAUAAGAUGUCUACAUGUAUAACUGAUUUGGAUAAUUACCAAUUUUGUAAAACUCGUAUCGAUUAUAUUUUUUCGCAAAGAUUGGUAAAAAAAGGCUUUUUCUGCGUUUGUUCAGAGUGAAUAAAUUUGUUUUGCCGCAAGAAAGAAAAAUAAAAUUAACAAACAAAGAAAACAGAAGAGAACAAAAAAGAAACUAUUCCAAAUAUAUUUGUCUCCCUGUUUUAGGCAGAAUAAUAAUCUAACCUGCACGAAGCGAUAACGUCAUAGCAAGUAAAAUUAAGAAAGUAGAUUUAAUUUGGAAUCACUGAAAAACUGUCAUGAAUAAUUUGCCACAUAGGUGGUUUGAACGAAAAUAAAAAAAAAACAGAACAAAAAAAAACUAUUCCAAAUAUAUUUGACCCCUUGUUGUAAGCAGAAUAAUAAAUUAACCUGCAUGAAGCGAUAUCGUCAUAUAAAGUAAAAUUAGGAAAAUAUUCACAUUUUUAGACAACAUCUGUCGGCGAGUCUCAUGCAUUCAGUAGAUUUAAGUUGGCACCAUUGCAGAAACAUAACGGAAACGAACAACAGCGUAAACGUCCUGACUUAAAUAUGACGGAAACAUGACUUGACAUUUCUGUUCCGGAAACAUGACGAAACUUGAUAGAAUCAAGACUUGUAUCACACGUUUUGCAGAAUAAUGACGGAAAAAGCUCUAUUAGUCAAUUAGUCUAGUCAAUUUGCAUAAUAUGGCGGAUGGACACGUUUUCCUAGCUCCGAAGGCUGAUCGCUUUAUCUCCAGACCGCGGCUUGUUGACCAGUUCCUUGCCUGAUUUGAUAGAAUCGACUCAACUCUGGUAGUCGCUGAUCAGAUUAAUAACAAGAAUAUGUCUACUUCUGUACCCGAAUACUUUCUUCGUCCUUUGAAAUGAGCAGAAAUGGCUGCUAUCAAGAAUGCAUUAAAUGGACGGUCCGUCAACUCCCUGAAGGUGAAAGAUCUAAGGGACGAACUUGAAAAAGCUCUCUAAAUCUGGCAGGAAAACUGAGCUGGUUAAAAGACUCAAGGAGUCGAUUUUGUCAGGAUCUGGUGAAAUUCAAAUUCCCCGCCACAAUGUCAACCAACCGUCACCUCGGCCAUCGGCUGUUAUAAACCUGGACGACACUAGCAGCAGCCCAGAACAACAGAGUCACACACAUGCAAUGGCUACCAAGUCCCUUAAAGAUCUAUACGACCGCUUGGAAAAUGAGGUAAACAAACUCAAAGACUUGUAUAGAUCUCGAUUAACGGACAGUAGAGAAAUACAGUCAACCUGUAAAUCAUGUCAAAAUCAACAACGGAUACAGGAAGAAAAUCGCGCUCUGCGAGAGCAACUUCAGCUAAUGAAGUGAAAUCUAGAUAAAACAAAAGAGGAGCGAGAUUCCCUGCAGAUGGUAGUAUCAUUGCUAAGCAAGGAGCUAUAUAACUUUCGCCUUGACAGCAAGGAAGCUUUUUUAAUGAGUCGCCUUCGGUUGAUCCUAAGGUGUCGGAUACAAAAUGGUCGGAUACAAAGGCGGACACAAAGCAAAACAAUGGAUCAUCUAAAUCUCAAUCUUCCAAAACAACGAAGAAUCACCAAAGCAAAUCGAGCAAGAAAAAGCCGCCAAACAAGAGUUCUCACAACAGCUCUAAUACUCUUAACCACAACCAAGAAAGAUCCUCGCCGACCACCGUCAUUAUUGGCGACUCAAUCAUCAGAAACAUACAAGGGUGGCAAUUAGGGAAAGAAGUCGGCCACCGGGUUGUUGUAAAGUCCUUCGCGGGAGCUACAACAAGUGAUAUGUCACAUUAUGUGAAACCAACACUGGACAAGAAGCCGGACCAGAUCAUUUUACAUGCUGGUACUAACGACCUUGGAAAACUAUCCCCAAGCGAAAUCGCCGAUAACAUCGUUGACCUAGCGAGGGAAAUUGAAAGCUCCACGGACGCACAAGUAAUAAUAUCAGAGCUGGUCACAAGAUCGGACCUCUCAGAUAGCGGCGAUGUUGAUGCAGUCAACAAAAGGCUUCGAAAAUUCUGCAAUCAGCGACAGUGGCACUUCAUACUCCACGAUGACAUUCACUCAACGGACUUAAAUAGAGGAGGACUUCAUCUUGGGGAGACAGGUAUUGCCAAAAAUGUAUAACAACUUCGCGAAUAAAUUACAUGAAUGUAAUUGACCUACUGGCCGUCUGUUCAAUUCAGAGCGCCUGUUCAAUUCAGAGCGUAAUCGUGACCUUGGAAAUCAAUCGUUUCUCACCAAUUUCUCCCGCCUAAACGAGGCUUUAAAUUGGCCUCGCUAAAUAUCAAUAGUCUUUCUGUACACAUUGAUGAACUAAAAUUUUGCUUUCCGACAGACCUAUCGAUAUCUUAGCCAUAAAUGAAACUAAAUUGGAUGACACAAUAGGCGAUAAUGAAAUUCAUAUUUCUGGCUAUGAAUCUAUUCGUAGAGAUCGCUCUACUAACGGUAGGUUGGAGGGGUGUUUGUUUUUAUUCGUUCCGAAAUCAUUAUUCUGUUCGUUUUUCUGAUCUAAUAUGUUGAACAAAAGAAAAAUCUGACUGUCGAAAUCAAGAAGCCCAGAUCAAGGCCUUUUUGCCGUUAUGACCUGGUAUAGACCCCUGAUUCUUCAAUUGAUCUUUUUAGACCAUUUGAAGAACUUAUUGGAAAAACUAGACUCAGAAAAUAUCGAAUAUUACGUCUUAGGAGAUCUGAAUUGUAAUAUGGCCGCACCUAAGUUUGACAAAAGUACAAAUAUCUUAUCUAAUAUUGCUGAUGUUUACGGCCUUGACCAGUUAAUAACUGAACAUACUAGAAUUACCGACAAAUCACGUACUUUAAUUGAUCUAAUUUUUACAAAUACUCCAGAUAGGGUCGUCUGCUCAGGGGUCUCACAUAUAGGCAUCAGCGAUCACAGUUUAGUUUACGUUUUUCGUAAAGUUUCUAUUGAAUCGACAACGAAUAAGCAUACUACCCUGAGAUAUAGGAAAUUUAAGAAUUUUAACUCUGAUCACUUUCGUAACGAUAUAGGUCAACAGGAUUGGAGUAGCAUCGAAAGCUAUUCUGAUCCUAAUUUAAUGUGGGCUGCAUGGAAACAACUAUUCCUGGAAUGUGUAAACAAGCAUGCCCCACUUCAUGUAAAACGGGCGCGCGUCUCAAAGUCACCUUGGAUUACACCUUACUUAAAGAAACGAAUGCAUGACAGAGAUAUUCUUAAAUUGAAAGCAUCGCGUUCUAAGGAUGCUAAUGACUGGCUACAAUUAAAAAAUGCCGCAACCUAGUUAAUAACGAAAUCAAAAAAAAGCAAAAGAGCUCUUUUAUAAAAGAGCAUUAGAUGAAAAUGAAGGCAACUCGCGCCAGACAUGGAGGAUUGUAAAUGAGCUCAUGUCGAGGAAAACUAAUAAUUGUUCCAUAAAAGAAAUCAAAAGCAACGGUAACUCUAUUUACGGCCCUCCUGAGAUGGCCGAUGCCUUCAACAAUCACUUUUCUUCUAUUGGACCCAAGCUUGCUAGCCAGAUUUAUUCUAAUAAUGGUCCAUCACACCUACAUUACCUUGAGGGAACUGACAAACGUUUUGAGUUAAAAUGUAUUAAUCCUUCUAAAGUGUUCUCACUUUUGUCUAAGCUUUGUAAAUCGAAAGCCACAGGCUUAGAUAUGAUAUCUUCGCGACUUCUUAGGGAGUGCGCCGAUCUGAUAGCUGAUCCACUGUGUUUUAUUUUUAAUCAGUCCAUCAGAUCAGGUGUUUUCCCUCAGGAAUGGAAAUGCGCAAAGGUUAUCCCACUUUUCAAAAGGGAGAUCACUCCGACUUAAACAAUUAUCGCCCAAUUUCUAUCGUUCCUAUAGUAGCUAAGAUGUUUGAGCGUAUCAUUUACGACCAGGUUUACGGUUAUCUCACUGAAAACAAUUUGAUUUCCAACCAGCAAUCUGGUUUUCGUUCGCUCCAUUCAACUGUUACUGCCUUUGGAGGCCACAAACAAUUGGGCCUUCAACAUUGAUAAAAAGGCAGUAUAAAUGCAGUUGUUUUUCUCGACCUAAAAAGGCUUUUGAUACCGUUGACCAUACAAUUCUUAUGUCUAAAUUAUUUGAAUAUGGUAUCCGCGGUAUCGCUUAUGAAUGGUUUAGCUCAUACCUAGAUAAUCGCCAUCAACAAUGUUUUGUAAAUGGUUCGCUCUCAAUUAGUCAAGUUAUCACUUGUGGAAUUCCGCAAGGAACAAUUCUAGGACCUUUGCUUUUGUUCUAUACAUAAAUGAUCUUCCUAAUUGCCUGUCUAAUUCAGUUGCACGUAUGUAUGCCGACGAUACUCACCUCACCUUUGCCAGUAACAACAUAGAAAUGAUCAAUGAUGUUAUGAAUCACGACCUAUCAAUGUUAACACAUUACUGCAAACAAAUUGACUCUAAAUUCAUCUAAAACUGAAUUCAUGUUAAUUGGAUCGCGGCAAAGGAUAGGUACCCACGAUACUUCCCUAAACUAAUCAUAGGUGGUGACAUAAUUAAACAAGUUAGCUCAGUCAAAUCUUUGGGUGUACACAUUGACGAAAACCUUUCAUGGAAUAUGCACAUUGAAAAAAUAGCCAAGAAAAUCGCAUCGGGCAUUGGAGCAAUUAAACGUUGUAGGCCUUUUGUUAAUCGAACCACGCUUGAGUCCGUUUUCAAUGUCUUAGUUCAACCGUACUUUAUUACUGCAGCGAGGUCUGGGGCAUUGUAACAAGGGUCUUUCGAAUAAGCUCCAAAAGUUGCAAAACCGGGGCUGCCCGUAUUCUGACCUUCUCCAGUUAUGACACAAGCGCUGAUCCUCUUUUUGUGUUAACUGGAGACGGUUAGAUACUCAGCGACAAAUACAAGUGGCCACCAUGGUCUAUAAAUCUAUACAUGGUCUUGCGCCCGACUAUCUUGGUUCUCUUUUCACUAAAUAUGGAACUCUGAAAACAAACUAGCUGUUCCAUUGCCUCGCACCAAUUUCCUAAAAAAUAGCUUUUUUGAAAUGAAUUGCGGCAAGCAAAAUCACUUCAAUCCUUCCGAAAUGGUUGUCGCAAUUUCUUCCUCUGAAUCGACAAAACACACACGGCAUCUAUGGAGAAUUUCCUUAUUUUUUUUUUUUCUAUUUUACUUUUAAAUUUUAGAUCAUGUUUAUAUAGAUUAAAAUAGAUUGUAACUGUAAUAAUAGAUUGUAAUAAUAUUAUUAUUUUAUCUGAUAGAUUUACCGUGUCUAAAUAAAAAUAAAGUUCAAGUUCAAGUUCUAUGUUUCUGUCACAUUUAAGAAAUGCGGAAACGUGGAAUUUUAUCCUGUGUCAAGUGCGAAUUAUUGGAAAAGUCUUAUGACAAUAGAUGGUUUGUUUCUCGGCUACUAGGUAAAGGUUCGUUACCAACGUGAUCUACAACUGAGCCAUGACAGUAGGACUGAAAUCACUUUAAGAGCACCUGGUAAAAAAUUUGGUUCUGAAGUGUUUUUGAAUUGGGUAGAUUAGUUUUUGAAUAUAGACUUUUAUGGUUAACAUGGGCGGUCCUGUGGUCAGUUAUUGUUAUGAAAAAUGCCUGAUUAUGAUUAACACUUGGGGUUAUCAAUGAGACAAAAUUUCAAAUUUAAGGGAAGCGCGAUCAAUUUUUCCGAGAAUAGGAAAUGAAAUUUGAUCGUAGACGCCAAGGACCGGAAACUAUCCAUCCGUGUUAUUAACAUUUGUCCUCAAAAAGAAUCAAGAAAAUGUUGAGUGCACAAUAAAUAAGAACGUUAAGUUUCAUUUGAGGUUUAAAAGGGAAAAUAAUAUGAAGAAAGUAAUUUUAAUUCUUCGACCUGUAAACAGAUUGGAAUUAAGUAAUAGAGGGCUUUUUUCGUUUGCACGACUUCAUCUACUCAUGAAGGAAAUUGGAAGUAUUCGUGGAGCCGGUUAUGCAAACCAUCCGAUGUGUUUCAGGGUUGUUUAACUUUCAAAGAUGAGGCUAGGAAAAUACUUGAAAGAUAUGUCUCAAAAAUAUGGGUGAACAUAAAAAACCACUUCCUAUCAUCGUAGCGCACCUUUCUAUUCUUUCUUUCGUAUUAGAGCGUACGUAAUAUCUUAGCUUCACUCCAACAGAUAAUCUUCCUUGUAAACCAAAGUUUAACAAGGAACUGAACGAUAUCAGAGACGAUGAUAUAUUUGAGCAACGUAUAAGCUGCUACAUGCGACAUAUUUUUGCCGGGUAGGUUGGCACAGUUUCAUGCUCUCACCACGCAAAAACGUCUCUUUUUGAGGGAGAACACCAAAUGUAUUGUGCCUUAACAGAUGGUUCUCCCAUUUUGUAAUUCAGGCUGACAUCCCUACCAAAGAUACUUCCUUUAACUAAAAUCAUCUGCGAGAAGAAAUCAAUUUAAUACCAAGAGAUCCAACUCAAUACUUAAUUCUCUUGAAGAAAUGUUCUUAAAACUGAGGGCUUUAAUGGACAACGCUAAACCUGAAAACAGACCCGUUAUCCAGUAUGCAGCUGUCCACAAGUUUUGUGUUUGUGUUAAUUCAAACCAAAAGCGUUUUCGACAUGUAGAUCGUCGCUCAAAUUCAUCGCACAGAGGCCAAUAGAGUAGCACUGUAAUCUAACUCUUCUUUCGCUGAAAGAAUACCACGAAUUCGAAGAGAAUCAAACUCAACUGAUGGAAAAUUAAUGUGAUUUUAAUCUUUGACCAGUUUACGAAUAUUUGAGUUCAUACAAACGAAACAUCACACCCUAAACGAAUGCCUUUUACAGAGUUUAACUUUUGUUUCGAAAACUCUCUAAUUUUUAGAUUAUUCUACAGCGAAUCAUGUUUCUCUUCAAAAGUUUAUGACAGAAAGGGGGUUUUUAUUCUAAUUGUCCACUGUUCUCAGUCAGCCUUAGGAAACAAUUUUAUUCACUGAUGUUGUAAUACCCGGCCCGUACCUCUCACUGAAUUUCGUUUUUCAGGAAAAAUGCUGUGGAUAUUUCGUUAUUUUCUUGUCUGUGUUUCGGUCACCAACCCUGUAAUCGCUGAGGAUCAAUGCAGGGUAGAAAUUAACAUUCGUGGCAUGGCUCUCAAAGGUUUCGUUUUCAAGAGAAUGACAGUAGCAGCUCCUCAUAUCUGUGAUAUCUUAUGUGAAAGGGAAAUUACCUGCCAGAGCUAUAAUUUCAACAGAAAAGAACAGAUCUGUGAAUUAAACAACCGCACAAAGGAAGCAAGACCCGAGAAUUUCCGCUCAGACCCAGCGUGGUUUUAUAUUCGCCGUUUAAACGGAAGAGGUAAGAACUUAACAAGCACUUUGAAUAAAAACCAUGCUGCUUACAGUCCGUGUUUUCCAAUCUCCUGUGCCCUUUGGUAUCAAUUUCUCUAUCAAAAUAGAAAAUUUCAUCCUUUUCUUUUUUCUUUUAAGUUUAAAUAUUUGUUAACUUCCGUUUAAAAAAAAAAACAGCUGUGAUACAUGUAUAAACAUUGACAAAAAAUGAUUGCGUCAUUUCUACAAGAAGCUUAAGGUCAGUAAAGAACUUUGAAGAAUUGGAAGCUCAAACGAAGGGUUUAUGCGAGAGGGGGUCCUGUCUUCCUAGAGGGUUGUGCUUGACAGAACGUUGAAAUAUUUCACAACCAAAGAAGGACAUUCAAGUGAAUGGAAUUCGAGCUUCAUUCUUAUUCUCUCGUGCUUUUCACUUUUUCCUUUCCAUCUGCGCGUACGAAUACUUUAUUUUCAACAUUUUUACCCGUACCAGCUCCCUUGGGUUCGAUACAGGAGUUACCAGCACGUUCAUGCCGUGAAAUAACAGCAAGCGAAGGGAAAGACACCGCAAGCAACAAAUACUGGCUGGAUCCAUCUGGCACUGGGAAGGCAGUGUUGGUUUACUGUGAUAUGAAUUUGGAAGGUAAAUUACAUUUAACCCAUUGUAGCUUUCAUUUUGCGUUUGAGUUGUCGUUUUUUUGUAGCAACCUUGGUUGCUUUAAGAUGUAAAAAAAUCGCAUCAGUCCUGAAAACAAUGCAAUACGCAGUUUCAGCUGUAGAUUAAAAAGAAAAAAAUACCCCAAAGGGAAAAAGAAGAUAGGCAACUAGACAGGGUUCAACCACACUACAUUUUGAUAAAGUCUUGAAAAAUAUUCUUGCUUUAACCCUUUACACCCUAACAUCAGUAUUCAUAUUCUCCAUACUGUUCUCUGUACAUUUACUAAGGUGCUGACAAGGAGAAUUUGUUUGAUAAUCAAGAGUUUCUUUAGUUGGUGAUCAUUUCCUUUAUUCUUGUGACCUUAAUGUUUGAUUCAGGGCUGAUAUGGUAUGGAGAAAUUAGAUGUUAGUCACUCUUAGGGCUUAAAGGGUUAAUAUUGCAGGCAUUGUUCAUUUUGUUGGACGAAAAUAGAAAUAUUCUUUUUGUGUUAUGUGGCCAUGAUUGUCAAUUUAGUACAAUGUACUGUUUCCUUGCCAAAUUAACAACAAGAUCAUGAUGAAUGCAUCAGUGGAAACAAUGCCUGUGACGUCAAUGCAUACUGUAGCAACACUGUGGGUUCCUAUUACUGUACCUGCAAGGAAGGAUACACUGGCGAUGGACGCUCGUGUUCAGGUACAUUAUUAUUUUAAUCAGUAAAAUCUGUGAUUACAUUUAAAAUUUAGAUGAUGUUUAUGUGAACACCAUGAUAGUUUAUACUGUUGGCUUAUUGAGAAAGGAGUCAAAUGGCUUAUCAAGAUGAUAUACAUUUAUUCGCUGACAGGGGAGAGGAGGGGAGGGGAGGGGGGGAGGGGUCACGGUUUCCGUAUCUACAGAUGGGUAGAGGAUUGUUUCGUACGUGGCGUAAUCAUUAACAGAGCGGGAAGAGAAUGGAAACCUUCUAUGAACCUGCUUUGAUUUUGCUAAAGGGAUUUUAGGAGCUUUUUCUCCUUUAUCUUAUUCUGCUCAACCUGCAGGAAUAUUUUUCAAGCGGUAGUUGGUAAUACUGGCAAGAAAAUGUGGACAAAUUUCUUAUUAGUAUCAUAAUUUUCACCUUUAUUGUAUGUUUUUACGCAGGAUUUACUGCUGUGUUUACAAAUCUUGGUAUGAUUGGAAAAAAGGGACCAGACUCGAUUGGUAGUCAUUACAAAGAUCAAGACCAUGACGGACAAGUAACAUUAUCCAGCGGUAUUCAACUGUGGACUGUGCCACGCACUGGUGAAUACAGAAUAGAAGCAAUAGGAGCCCCAGGGGGCUACGGUGAGGACAGUAUCAUCAAAACCGGAGGAAGAGGGGCAAGGAUGAUUGGAAACUUUAUUUUGACCAAAGAUGAGAUCAUUCAUGUACUCGUUGGUCAAAAAGGGGGAAAAGGGAAUUUAAACCCAAAAAAUGCCGGAGGUGGUGGAGGUACAUUCGUGGUGAGAGAAAACAACAAGUCUUUGAUCGUAGCUGGAGGUGGAGGGGGAAUUAAAAAUAUGUCAGAACAACAUCCAGGAUGUGAUGCGUCCAUAAACACAACAGGAAAUGCAGGGAACAAUUCGCCUUUGGGGUCAGGAGGAAGCAACGGACACGGAGGAAAAACGAGUGGUCAAUUUGCAGGUAAGCGGAGAAGGAAGAAAAAAAAAACCAAUCAGUUUUUUCAGUUAACCAGGAUAGGAAGACGACAAUAAGAUUUAUCGGAACUUAAUUAUUAAAAUUAUUAAUUCUAGCUUUGAAGUUUUUCUUUUCUCGGAGGCACCUCUUAGAAUAUCUAAAGUUCAACUGGGUUUCCAGUUCAGUUUUUAGAAAUCGUACACAUUUAUUUACUGCUCACCAUCGAUCCGUCAAUAUACAUAGGCAUCACUUCAUUUACAUUUCUCUCGUCCAAAUAAGCUUUUCUAUUUCUAGCAAUUGACUACCUAAUAAUACUCUUAAAUAAACUUCCAAAAAUUGAGAAGUGCACUUAAUUGAUAAUAUUACAAAUCGUCGUUUAAACUCUUAAACAAGUAGUCAAUUAGGAGCCGUUUACGAGAUAACUGCUUCUCACUUUUCGUUUAUUGUAGAUGGUGGCGGCGGCGGCGGCGGCUUCUACAGUAAUGGGCAAGAUACGCAGUCCCGUAAAAAUGGAGGUCAAGGAUAUCUUCAAGGAGGAAAUGGUGGAUAUGGUAGAGGUGGGUUCGGAGGUGGCGGUGGGUUACGUACAGGCAACGGUGGAGCUGGAGGAGGUGGAGGUUACUCGGGAGGAAAUGGUGGAGCUUAUGAACAGUUUUCCUGUGGGGGAGGGGGAGGGGGAGGAUCUUUUAACAAUGGGUCAAAUCAGCAAAAUGAAUGUUGUUUCAAUAGCGAUGAACAUGGUGGAGUGAUCAUCACGUUUCUUCAGUGA